AUGACGAGAAAGAAUGAAAUUAUCUUUGUAUUCAGUGAAGUAAUGCUACUAAAGAAUCAAAUACGAAAUGUUUUGGAAGAGAAGGGUGAUAUUCACAGAGGACCGUCUGUAAAUACGCUUAUUUUUCCAGUCAUUGUGUCAGAAGAUAAGAUAGGGUGCAAGGCAAGAGAUUCCUGGUUAGAAAUUGGUGAUGAUUUAAUGUCUGAUUUAAAGAGAAUACAGGACCUCUCAAGUGAAGAAAAUGUUAGUAUUGCUGAUAAGUUACACGAGGCUGUAGAUUUACUUCCCUUCACUGGUAAUAUAAUUGAUGUUUAUAUAGAGUCCAGCAUUUUGGAUUCUCUGAGAUCUGAACAUUCCUAUCAACUGUUUGGGGCACUGAGGAGACUCAAAGACUGGCACAAUGCUGUCAUAACUUUUGUUAGAUCAGAAAGUUCUGUAUGCUCUGAGGAGGUAGAAAUUAUUCAACGACUGCUAACAACUUCAGGUGUAGAGAAAGAAGAUUUCCAGUCAGGGGAGACCACUGAUGUUAUCUGGCGAGGAAAGAUGUCUGUCAUUGAUAAAACAAUUAACAGAGGAUUCAUUUUACCUGGUUUUUCAAUCACCAGAAAUAAUACUACAUCAUCUCAAGCCUUCACAAAUGGAGAAGAUCAGGUGUUAGGCAGGAUGUUGGAAAUGCUAGAUGAAGUUUACGUUCCUUCUAUUCCACUCUUUUACUUUACUGGGGAGGAAAUGCAACUUAAUAUGGUGGACCCACAUCCUCAGUCUAGGGCCAUGAUGGAGGUGGUAUCAAACAUGGACCCACAGUGUGGAUACUUAUGUCGACUAGCCUGUUACUCUGAUGAGAGUGAUGUCCCCUCCACAGCUGAGAAAUACCUGAGCACAUCCUCCUGGAAGGAAAGCAUCAUCAAUGAUAUUACUUUUGUACAGGAGCCAGAAGAGGAACUCUUGCCACCUUUCAAAUUUUUAUUUUUCCUUCUUACCAAAAACACUGACAAAUCUAGUGCAGGGAAAUUCCGUCUCCAUGUGAUGAAAUCAGCCUCCCAAAUCAGUGGUGUCCUCAGUAAACAGCUUCUGAUGAGAACAAUACUAAAGUCUAAACAAAACAGCACAGAAUUGACAGAUGACCCUCUGAAGGGCCUCCCUGUUCUUAGCAGUGAAGUGAUCUCAACAAUAAAGGAGAUACUGCAUAAUGAACAGAAAUCAUUACAUGGGGAAAAUCCUUCACUUCCUAAAGAUGUUGAAUCUGCUCAAAUAGCAGGAUUGCAAGAAAGAAUCAUUGAAAAAAUCAAAAACAGUUUACCUUCAUAUGAGGGAGUGUCUGAUCAAGACUUAGCUACCCAGCUGGAGAUGAUGUGUGUCUAUCCAGCUGAGCUACAGAUGGAUCCCUCAGAAUGGCCUGAAAAGAAGUACCUCCAAUAUCAGGAGAGCCAGAGGAAGUCCAUCUCUCGUUUACGGUCCACAGACAGCUUAGUGUUAUCCUCCCCAAUACAAUCAUCCCAGGAGGAUACUCCAUCGACUAUGGGCAUUAAGAACUGUCUAAAGCUGUUCCAGUCAGACGGGACUGCUAUAUGCCAGGAUCUCUCACCAAUCAGAAAAAAGAAUUCCAGUCGAUCUCAGGGAAAGCUGUCCAAGCGUGUCACGUCCAGCGUAACAGGACUUCAGUGGCCAGACUGCCUGGACCAGAGGGCACCGGACAUCUAUUACAACAAAGAUAAAAAGACAGAGAAGGUAGAGGAGCAGUGUAACAGAAUCCGAGACCGCUACGUCACCACGGACACGUACAGUUCCUGCUCAUCGCCCCUCUUUAUAGUCAACAAAAAACCCAAAGAACUGGGAAAAUAUGUGGAAGACAUGCUUCCUAAAACCUUGCGUCGAUCCCCAAGGAAAGCUGUGCAGGAGUCAACCAAAGGAAGGCAGUCAAUAGGAGUUAGAUCAUCACCAAGAAAGCUACAGAAGAAAGGGAUAGAGGGUCAGAAGGAGACACAAAUAUCCCCCACCAAAAAGAUCAACAAACAGUUUAUUAGGGUUCUAGCUGGUGAGUCACAGAGGAGACAGUCCUUAUCCUCGGUAGAAAUCAAAAAGGUGCAGCAAAUAGAUAAUACACGCAGGAAAUCUCUGACUGCUGUACAGGCCCCGGACACAACUGGACGACGAGAGUCGCGGUCUGAGAGACAUAAGAGGAAAUUGGAGGAGAUAGUAACUGAUGUUGUCCAGCAACAUGGAGUCCACACAGGGGAUUCUAUAUACAAAGCCUGUGUACAGAAGCUCUACAGAGUCACCAAACUCUUUGUCAUGGAUCUGCCAAAUUCACAAAAUCUGAGAUCAGAAAUGAGAAACAUUGCUGAAGGACAAGUUAAACAGGUGGUGGAUCUAGAAAAACGAAAACAGAGAAAGUAAACAACAGGUGGUGGAUCUAGAAAAACAAAAACAGAAAAAGUAACAAUAGGUUGCAGACUUUUAAAAGAAAUCUGAAGUCAACUAUAUGUUCUGCUAUGUGAAUUGUCAACAGAUAUGUUUUAUUUUUCUUGUUUAACUUGUUAAAGUAAUUUGUGAUUUACCCAAGUAUCAUUCAGUAAUUAUUUUAGAGUAGAUACAUAAAUACAUUAUGUAAUCUGUUUUUCUCUAUCUACCUCCUUUGAAAAAGUUAAGAACCUUAGGUUCAGACAGUACACAAUGGCCAUAAUUUAAAAAAAUGUGAAUUUACAGAAGGAUUAUUUUUACAGACUAUGCAUUGCCAUUCUUCUUUUAAUUUUACAUGAAACAAUGUGAAUAUAUGCCCCCCCCCCUCCCUUCAUUGAUCUCAUCCCAUAAGCAAGAGCUGUAAUUUAAACAGUUUAGGAUGCUUGCAUUAUAAUUUUAAAAAAUAAUUGGUACCCUUCUUAUUGUUAAGGAGCAGACAAAGUUUAUUUUCUAACACAAUGAUACCUCAAGUUUUUAUGUUGAAAUUGAUCCCCCCUUGGUUCUGGAGAUAUAUGACUAGGGAAGGAACCAAACCACAAUAUAGGCCACCUAAGAAAGCCAUGUGAUGUUAAAAGAUGAAGAAUUCAAGGAAAAAAAUAUCUUUAAAUGAAGCUUGUAGAUAUGAUGAGUGGAGUACAAAAGUUUGUAGACACUUGUCUGGCUGCUAUGUGUUCUUGACAUCCUGUUAACAUUAUGAAUUGUUCAAUGUCACCAGGACUCAAAAGAAAAAGAUAACGUAUUUACUUACACCUGGAUGUAUGUGAUAAAUAUUUAAUAUAUGUAUUUGAUAAUAAAUAUUUAAACUCCUUGA